AUGGCGUUGCUCUUUACCGGCAGGGCCCGAUCGGCGCUCUCCAUCUUUAGCAUCUUUGCUCUCCUCUCCGUGGUGCUCUUUGGCGCCAUCGCUACAGCUUCGCCCGGUGGGAAACUGCACAAGUUUCAGAAGCUCGCCGAUGCGGAUCGCCAGUCGUAUCUCAUCGGCGUGGGCAAGGCCGAUAUCACCGGCCCGGUGGUGGAGAUUGGCUUUGCUGGAUAUGCCAACCUGGACCAGACGGGAUCUGGCCUUCGCCAGCGUCUCUACAGCCGUGCUUUCAUUAUUGCGGACAAAGCAAACCCCAGUGACCGCUUUGUCUACCUGGUCCUCGACACGCAGUCUGGAGACACUGCUAUGCGGAAUGGCCUCCUCGACGGCCUAAAGGCUCUGGGCAGUGAUUAUGCCGUCUAUGGUCAGAACAAUAUUGCUCUGACAGGAACCCACAGCCACUCUGGCCCGGGUGCCUGGUUUAACUACCUGCUGCCGCAGAUCACGUCCCUUGGCUGGAGCCAGCAGAGCUACCAAGCCAUUGUCAAUGGUGCUGUCUUGUCUGUUCAGCGUGCCCAUGAGAGCCUCCAGGAAGGCUAUCUCGAUGUCGGCACAACUGACAUUCCCGAUGGCGCCAUCAACCGUUCGCUUUGGGCGUAUCUCAACAACCCAGAAGAGGAGCGAGCCCAGUAUGACGCGGAAACCGAUAUUACCAUGACUUUGCUUCGCUUCCAGCGCGCUUCUGAUGGCAAGAACAUCGGUGUCUUGUCAUGGUUCCCUGUUCACGGCACUUCUCUCCUUGGAAAUAACACUCAUGCUGCUGGUGACAACAAAGGUGUUGCCGCAUGGCUCUUCGAGAGUGCUAUGAAGAAUGACGCCACUGCUGCCGAUGGUUUUGUGGCAGGCUUCAGCCAGGCCAACGUUGGCGAUACCACUCCCAAUGUUCUUGGUGCUUGCACUUGUGCGGAUGGUAAGUCGCAAAGUUGUCACGGCCGAGGACCCGAGUUCCAGGCCUUGGAUCUCGGCGCAAAGAGCUGUUACGAAAUGGGCCGCAGGCAAUUUGCUGGAGCCCAGACUAUUUAUGACAACUUGAAAACAUCCACUACUUCAGUUUCUGGAUCCACGGUCAAAGCCUUCCACUUCUUUCAGGAUAUGCGUUACUUCAACUUUACGUUGCCAGACGGAACCAAGGCUCAGACUUGCCCGGCCGCUCUCGGCUUCUCUUUUGCUGCUGGAACGUCUGAUUGGCCCGGCGCUUUUGACUUCGUUCAGGGUGACUCUGGUUCGCCAAACAACCCUUUCUGGUCUCUUGUUGGUGGUCUGCUCAAAGCACCAGGCCCCCAGCAAGUUGCGUGCCAGCAGCCCAAACCUGUUCUUUUAGACGUUGGUGAGAUCUCGACGCCAUACGCCUGGACGCCGAAUAUCGUGGACAUUCAGGUGCUCCGCGUGGGACAGCUUGUCAUCAUUGUCAGUCCUAGUGAAGCUACGACUAUGGCUGGCCGGCGCUGGAAGGCCGCAGUUGCAAAGGAAGCAGCCACAUUCCUCGAUGAGGAUCCCGUUGUCGUCUUGGGUGGCCCAGCAAACAGCUAUUCUCAUUACUGCGCAACGCCUGAGGAGUAUGAUAUCCAGCGCUACGAAGGGGCCUCAACCCUCUUUGGUCGGAACGAGCUCAACGCCUACAUCAAUCUCACCGUCAGCAACCUGCACUACCUCCAACCUGGCUCGACCGGCACCCCUUCCCAAGGUGUCCUCCCUCCAGACAACCGAAAGAACAUGAUCUCAUUUAUUACCGAUGUUGUCCAGGAUAACGCACCGCUGGGCAAGAGCUUUGGCAACGUUUUGGUGCAGCCGAACCUGACGUAUAAUAUCGGUGAUGUCGUCAAUGUCACUUUCGUGGGUGCUAACCCACGUAACAACCUCCGCCAAGAACAGACCUUUGCGGCGAUCGAGCAACAAGGUAGCGGCGGAACAUGGACGCAGGUACGUGACGACUCGGAUUGGUUCCUGGUCUACACCUGGCGAAGAACCAACUUCAUCCUGGGACAGAGCGAGGUGGACAUUACUUGGGAGACAUACGGCAAUGCGCAGCCGGGAACAUACCGUGUCAAGUAUUACGGCGACUCCAAGGCACUAUUUGGAGGCGUGUCGUCAUUUGUGGGAACAAGCAAUAGUUUUACGCUCAAGUGA